GCUGCGGUCCGGCGGUCCCGGCUCUCUCCUCCCAGCCGCUCCCGCCCCUCCCCUGCGCUGCCCAGGCUCUUCCCGCCGCCUCACGCGGCCCGCCUUUCUAGUCGGGCCGGGCGUGGGCUGUACGCUCGGCUGCCCGGGCCGCGGGACCGAAAUGCUUGGCUGGUAACCGCAAAGCAGACAGGAGCUGGAGCUGGGAGAACUGGAGAAAACCACUCUAAUCUGACUUGACUCCUGCUGGGAACCGCCGCUGCAUGGUCAUCACGAACGUUUGCAAAGUGCUUUCACAGUCUGUCCUGUGCUUUCAAGCCCUGAUCUCAUUGACCUUCACAGCCAUUCCUCGUGAAGUUGAUUUAACAGUCUCCGUUUUCCAGGCUCUGGGAUGACUCCUCUCAGAUUUCUCCAGACCUGAGCCCUGGACUGGAGCCAUGCUGCAGCCCCCAGUCCCGUGACCAGGUGGACAGCAGUUCUUGUGCCUGCACCCCAGAACCCUGGCUGACCACACUGAAGCACAAUGCUCCAGCAGGUUAAUGGCCGUAGUCCAGGAUUUGGUGCCCGAGGUGGAGAAUCACUUAGCGAAGACCUGCGGGAGUUCCUGGUUGGGGAGGCCCCGCUGCACCAGCUGGAUGACCUCACUAAGGUGAAUCCUGUGACACUGGAGACAGUCCUGAGGUGCCUGCAGGCCCGGUACAUGGCAGACACGUUCUACACCAAUGCCGGCUGCACCCUGGUGGCUCUGAACCCCUUCAAGCCUGUGCCUGAGCUCUACACGCCAGAGCUGAUGCGAGAGUACCACACUGCCCCGCAGCCCCAGAAACUGAAGCCUCACAUCUUCACUGUGGGUGAACAGACCUACAGGAAUGUCAAGAGCCUGUCCGAACCCAUCAACCAGUCAAUUAUUGUCAGUGGAGAGAGUGGUGCUGGAAAGACGUGGACGUCCCGCUGCCUGAUGAAGUUCUAUGCCGCGGUGGCUGCCUCACCCACGUCCUGGGAGAGCCACAAGGUUGCAGAGAGGAUCGAACAGCGGAUCCUGAACUCCAACCCCGUCAUGGAAGCUUUUGGGAACGCGUGCACACUGAGGAAUAACAACAGCAGUCGCUUUGGGAAGUUCAUCCAGCUCCAGCUGAACAGGGCCCAACAGAUGACCGGAGCUGCAGUCCAUACCUACCUCCUAGAGAAAACUCGAGUGGCCUGCCAGGCUUCCAGCGAGAGGAACUUCCACAUCUUCUACCAGAUCUGCAAAGGCGCAAGCAAGGACGAGAGGCUGCACUGGCACCUCCCCGAGGGGGCUGCCUUCUCCUGGCUGCCCAACCCAGACAGGACCUUGGAAGAGGACUGUUUCGAGGUGACCAGAGAAGCCAUGCUGCAUUUGGGCAUCGACACCCCCACCCAGAACAACAUCUUUAAGGUCCUGGCUGGGUUGCUGCACCUUGGCAAUACCUUGUUUGCUGACUCCGAGGAUGAAGCCCAGCCCUGCCACCUGAUGGACAGUGCCAAGUGUGCCCUCAGGACAUCAGCCUCGCUACUGCAGCUCCCAGAAGACACGCUGCUGGAGACGCUGCGGAUUAGAACCAUCAGGGCGGGCAGGCAGAAGCAGGUGUUCCGGAAGCCCUGCUCCCGCGCCGAGUGUGACACCCGCAGAGACUGUCUGGCCAAGCUGGUCUACUCACGCCUCUUCGACUGGCUGGUGUCGGUGAUCAACAGCAGCAUCUGUGCAGACCCUGACUCCUGGACCACUUUCAUAGGCCUGCUGGAUGUGUACGGGUUUGAGUCGUUCCCUGACAACAGUCUGGAACAGCUGUGCAUCAAUUACGCCAACGAGAAGCUGCAACAGCACUUUGUGGCCCACUACCUAAGGGCUCAGCAGGAAGAAUACGCGAUGGAGGGCCUGGAGUGGUCAUUUGUGAACUACCGGGACAACCAGAUGUGUUUGGAUCUCAUCGAGGGAAGCCCCAUCAGCAUCUGCUCCCUCAUAAAUGAGGAGUGCCGCCUUAAUCGGCCAAGCAGUGCGGCCCAGCUCCAGACACGCAUCGAGGGUGCCCUGGCGGGCAGCCCCUGCCUGGGCCACAGUAGGCUCAGCCGGGAGCCCAGCUUCAUCGUGGUGCAUUACGCCGGGCCUGUGCGGUACCACACAGCAGGCCUGGUGGAGAAGAACAAGGACCCUGUCCCCCCUGAGCUGACCAGACUCCUGCAGCAGUCCCAGGAUCCCCUGCUGCUGGCACUGUUUCCUGCUGACCCUGAAGAAAAGACUCAGGAGGAGCCUUCGGGCCAGAGCAGGGCCCCUGCAUUGACUGUGGUGUCCAAAUUCAAGGCCUCCCUGGAGCAGCUCCUGCAAGUCCUGCACAGCACCACACCCCACUACAUUCGCUGCAUCAAGCCCAACAGCCAGGGCCAGGCACAGACCUUCCUCCAGGAAGAGGUCCUGAGCCAGCUGGAGGCCUGUGGCCUGGUGGAGACCAUCCACAUCAGUGCAGCCGGCUUCCCCAUUCGGCUCUCUCACCAGAACUUUGUGGAACGGUAUGAGUUACUGAGAAGGCUCCAUCCUCAUAAGUCCUCUGGUCUCUGCAGUCCAUAUCGUGCCAAGGGGCGCUCCGAAUGGACCCCACAUGUGGAGGCGGCCAUGCUGCUGCCUCUCCUCCAGGACAUCCUCCACACUCUGACAGCAACCACAUGUGCUGAGCCCCCUGAGGCCAUGGCCGCUUCAGUGCACUGUGGCAAGACUAAGGUGUUCAUGACUGACUCUAUGCUGGAGCUCCUGGAACACAGGCGUGCCCAGGUACUGGAGCAGUGCGCCCGCUGCAUCCAGCGUGGCUGGAGGCGUCACCAGCACCGAAAGCAGGAGCGGCGAAGGCAGGCUGCCGUGCUCAUUCAGGCAGCUGCUCGUUCCUGGUUAACUCGGAAACACAUCCAGAGACUGCACAGAGCGGCCACAGUCAUUAAGCAGGCAUGGCAGCGGUGGAGAAUGAGAAUGGCCUUCCUCGUGGCUGAAGAACUGGAUGGUGUGGAAGAAAACUACACUGCUCUAGCGCCCCAGCCCCUGAGCUCCUCCCCACUGCAACCAGAGCAGACCAGGCUCCAAGGGGCAAUAAUCCGCCUCUGGCCCCUCGGACUGGUCCUGGCUAAUGCGUGUGUGGGUGUGCGUGGCCUUCAGAGGAAGCUGGUGAUCUGCGCCUGCCUUCAGCUUCCCACAGGCAGCCCCCGUAGUUACACCAUCCAGACUGCACAAGACCAGGCUGGGGUCACGUCCAUCCGAGCACUGCCUCAGGGCCCGAUAAAGUUUCACUGCAGGAAGUCUCCACUGCGCCACGCUGACAUCUGCCCUGAACCUUCGCCCUACAGUGUUACUGGCUUUAAUCAGAUUCUGCUGGAGAAACACAGGCUGAUCCACAAGUGACCUCCUCAUCCUCUACCCUCACCUGGCCAGGUGAUCCUUGUUUCCUUUGUUUCUACAGAGCCAUUUCCUGCCAACUGCCUUGCCAAAGAUAUUUAAUCCACAUGCAGUUGCCAAACUAUUCACACAUGCAAGCGGCAGCUCCAGCCUGCAAGCCAGGGGCCUGGCUGACCAUAGGCUACAGCUCAGGCAGUGGCAGGGAGUCAGGCUGGUGGUUACCUGGUUACAGGACUAGGGCCACAGCCAACCUCACGUUUCACUACCUUCAGAAAUCAAACUCGGCCAUGGCCGUCACUACACAGGGGCACUUCAUUCUCUACGGGCACUUUUGAAGAAAACUAAGCCAGCCUCAAGUGGGCAGGGGACAAUUUUGCAUUUCUGUUCCUUUUAAAAAGGAAUGAAAUCUUAGUAUUUAAUAAGAUCACUUAUUUAAUUUCAAACACAUUAAAAAUCAAGGACAAUGAACGUAACACGUAAGAAUCGCCAUAUCAUGUUAUUUAAUGCUCAAGUUUUUCACCUCAGUGGGUGUAUCAAUGAUACCACUGAUGUCCGACACAACUGUACACCAAAAAUAAAACAUUUUAAAACCA